GCGUGUGCGUGGAGAAGAAAUUACGAGAUAGAGAGGGCCCCUCUGUUGUGGAGGAGGACUAGGUGAUAUCAAAUAGGCCUACAGAAGAGAUAUUUUUGGUGUACAUUCAAGCUGUUUUGGAGAGGCUGUGUAUCGGCUCAUCUAUUCGUUUGCCUGAUUUUGGACCCGUGUGCUUCUCUUGUAUCCAUGGGCUCGGUAGGCGCAUCUCUCGCCUCCCAGUAGGACAUAACGGGCAGGGCUACCUCGAAAUAAUUAUUUAUUUCGCUAUCUGUGCCGCAACGUUGAGAGAAACGUGAUCGAGAGGCAGCGAUAACAGUGUCCUUAUCAUGGAUUAAUGCUCGAGUAAAUUUUCAUCUGAGAGGUUCCCAAUGUUGAACAUGUCCACCCCUAGUGAGCUGAAGUCUCCCUGCGUGACUCGCAAUGGUAUGGUUAAGCUGCCUCCCAGCCAGCCCAAUGGUCUGGGAAGUGCAAGUAUAACCAAGGGGACACCAGCUGCCAAGAAUCGCCUUUGCCAGUCCUCCUCCGUACCCUCCAUCCUGCCCCCUCCAUCAUCAUCUCUUCUAUUUCAACACCACCACCUGGACGGCCCUGGAAUUCCCAACUCAGCAGCCUCACUCUUGGGCUCUGAUCUUGAGCCUGGAAAACCUAUAGUGGGCUUGAAGCCAUCCCUUCGUCAGCUUCCCCCUCUCACUCUACCUAAACCUAUGCUGCUGGAGCGCCAGCUUGUCCUGGAUGAGAAGCUGCUCAACCGAUUGCUCUGGUAUUUCACUACAGCUGAAAAAUGUGUGUUGGCACAGGUAUGCAAGACAUGGCGCAAAGUGCUGUACCAGCCCAAGUUCUGGGAGAGCAUUACACCCAUCUUGCACGCCAAGGAGUUAUAUACUCUGUUGCCCAGUGGGGAGAAGGAAUUUGUUAGUCUGCAGGCCUUUGCCCUGCGUGGCUUCCAGUCCUUCUGCUUAGUGGGUGUGUCAGACUUGGACAUUUGUGAAUUCAUCGACAAUUACCCACUGUCCAAGAAAGGUGUUCGCUCGGUGAGCCUUAAGAGGUCUACCAUCACAGAUGCUGGUUUGGAGGUCAUGUUGGAGCAGAUGCAAGGCCUGAUGCACCUUGAACUUUCAGGCUGCAACGACUUUACAGAGGCUGGCCUGUGGUCCAGUCUGAAUGCCCGGCUAACUUCCCUCAGCGUCAGUGACUGCAUUAAUGUGGCAGAUGACGCCAUUGCUGCUAUUUCUCAGCUCCUGCCCAACCUUUCAGAGUUGAGCCUUCAGGCCUACCAUGUCACUGACACAGCCAUGGCCUAUUUCACAGCCAAACAGGGCUACACCACCCACACUCUGCGGCUUCACUCCUGCUGGGAGAUCACCAACCACGGUGUGGUCAACAUGGUACAUAGCCUUCCCAACUUGACUGCCCUCAGCCUCUCUGGCUGUUCUAAGAUCACUGACGAUGGUGUGGAGCUGGUUGCUGAGAACCUGCGUAAGCUUCGCAGCCUGGACUUAUCUUGGUGCCCUCGGAUCACUGACAUGGCCCUUGAGUACAUUGCCUGUGACCUGCAUAAAUUGGAAGAACUAGUGCUGGACAGGUGUGUGCGCAUCACAGACACUGGCUUAGGCUACUUGUCAACCAUGUCAUCAUUACGGAGCCUCUAUCUGCGCUGGUGUUGUCAGGUGCAAGAUUUUGGAUUGCAACAUUUGUUUGGAAUGAGGAGUCUCCGUCUUCUGUCUCUUGCAGGCUGCCCUCUGCUGACUACCACUGGUCUGUCAGGCCUCAUUCAGCUGCAGGAGCUUGAGGAGCUGGAACUGACCAACUGCCCUGGAGCCACUGCUGAGCUCUUCAAAUAUUACUCCCAGCAUCUGCCACACUGCAUGGUCAUUGAAUAAGACCACUAACCCCUCUCAACAACCAAUAGUUCACCAAUCUUCUUCCUUCUUCUUAAUAACUUUUCAUCACUCUUUUCUCAAAUGUCAGCAAAGAUACAGAACUGCUCCUACUAUAUCAUGUAGUUACUCAUUACCUGCCCUCUGUCUUCCUCCUUACCCGAUUGAGUUGACUGAUCCACAGGCUGACAGAGAAGCAGGAAGGCAGAUAAUGGUACAUGUCAGGCCCAGGAUGAUGGGAUAGAGUUUGAGCUUCGUUUAAGAAGACGCUGGGGAGGAAAGAGAUUGGUGUAACGUCUUGUCUCACAGACAGAUUCUUUUUUCUUUUCUUUUUUUUUAAACAACAGAAGGCUUUUGUUUUUUGAGUGGUGCAUUUCUAAAGACAUUGAUAUUUUCUUUUCGGCUAAUUGAUACUUAAAGGGGUGACAUGUGGAUCCAGUUACAGCAUAGAUUAAUCCAUAAAAGGGAAAUUAAGACUUAAAGGUUUUAACUGCUAUGGCAGAACUCAUACGUGAGCUCAUGAACUGUAAACACACAUACACAUACUGUAUAUGGUAAGUGAAACAAAUGUAAGUCCUAAAGACCAUAAGUGAUGAUGUUUCUUUUUCCUACAUUCUGUGAAAUAUAAAUGCUGUUAUUCUUUUUUUUUCAGAAGGUACAAAGGUUUUGUUUUCUCUUGUUUAGAGGGAUACUCCAGAUAACAGCUGGAGAAACAGGAAUCAGAGAAAACUAAAGAUACAGACCAUAAAGUGUAAAACUGGGAGAUCGUAGUUCUCUGUCUCUCUUUCCCUCCCUUAUUGUGUGCAGUAUGUAAAUUGGACUCUCUUUUGGACACACUUUUUCCUUGGUGUGUCUUAUCAGAAAUCAGAAAAAAAAACUUUGAAUAGAAAAAUGGUUACAGUUUACAGUGUUGAAGUUAAUGGGCUCAUUGUUUUACAUGUUCUCUUUAAAACUUU